AUGAAAGCAUCUUAUCGAGUCAAUCAAAAAUAUAUAAGUUUAACACAAGCAGAUGAAGAAGUAAAAACUGCCUAUUCAAAUUAUGUAAGUAUAUAUAAUGAGUAUUAUGGAAAGCUUAGAGCGAUGAUAGCAGAUUUGAUUUCUAAGUCUUUUUCUCCAUACCCCUACGAUGACUCUAAAUUCGUUUAUUCUGUCAAUCACAUAAAAUAA